AGACGACUCGACAUCAACAAGGAACGGUGAUGAUGGACACGGCACCCAGCCUCGACCCCUCGGGCCUGAGCCCCGACCCAGUAAACUGUGCCACGGCUAUCCUGAGCGUGUCCACACACAAUGAUUCAACUGGAAAUGGAAGCAAUGUUACCAUGACGAGGGAUGUUUCAUCUACCCACAGUACCGAUACACUUAACGGAUCGGGGGACAACACACAAACUUCAAACCCCGCCUCACCAUCCUCUGCAACAACCUCGGAACUUUUAUCAGGCAAGAAUCUGACUUUUUCGCCUGAGCAGGUGGCAUGUGUAUGUGAGGCUCUUCAACAGAAAGGUGAUAUUGACAGAUUGGCCAGAUUCCUGUGGUCACUACCUCCUAGCGAACUCUUAAGAGGUAGUGAGGCCGUCCUCAAAGCCAGAGCAACUGUUGCUUUUCAUAGAGGAAGCUACAGAGAACUCUAUGCAAUCUUAGAAAGUCAUGAAUUCCAUGACACCAAUCAUUCUUUUUUACAACAACUUUGGUACAAGGCUCAUUAUAUGGAAGCUCAAAAAAUUCGCGGUCGACCUUUGGGUGCUGUAGACAAGUACAGACUGAGAAGGAAAUACCCUUUGCCAAAAACGAUUUGGGAUGGAGAGGAAACUGUAUAUUGUUUCAAGGAGAAAUCUCGUCAGGCUUUAAAAGAGUGUUACAAACAAAAUAGGUACCCAACACCAGACGAGAAGAGAAAUUUAGCUAAAAAGACAGGCUUGACUUUGACACAAGUCAGUAACUGGUUCAAAAAUCGCCGACAGAGAGAUCGGACCCCGCAGCAACAAGCAGUAACGGGACCACUCGUGUUCGAGGAAAUGAGAAGAGACCUGAUGGAUGACGGAAUGAAGCAUAACAUGCACCACCAUCACCACCAUGGCCACCACCAAACACCGCAGCACCACCACCAUCACCAUCACCACCAGCAAAUGUGUGGCAAUCCACCGAUGAUGAUGCCACACGAAUACAGGGGAGAUAUCGAUAUGUCUGCUAAACUCAUCGAGGAUAUGCGCUCGAAUCUCACAUCGAUGCCACUAGUGAAAAACGAGCCAAUUCCACCUCACUACCUCUGUGCACCUCCACCACUCGACCACCACCACCGCUUGCACCAUCCGGUACCACCUGUAUGACCACUAAAUUCCGGAACCACAUGUAUGUUGUAAACACGUAUGAUAUUGAACUUUAUAGCAAACAUGUGCAUCCGGGGACCUAAUGGGCCAUGACGCUCCGUGUCAUGGCGGUGUACUGUCUCGGUAGACCUUGCGUUGUAUUACACACACAGGCAGGCAGACACCUAUUUGUUCUUGGUUUGGACGUUCAGAAAGAGUUUGUGUUAACUGACGCAAGUUUGUGUAGUCACAAACACAGACAUCAACUUGUUUGUUUCAGGAGCCGACGUUAAGACAGAUUUUGGCAUCUAAUACCAAAAGGACUGUCGGUGCCUACCCCCGCUUUUGAUGUUGUUUAUUUUGACUGUGUUACUUAUCCCCAGCAUAUUGUGCUACGUUCCACGAUGGUGCUACAUUUGGUCAUUCCAUACAACGUUGGUUCCAAGAAACAAGAUUAUUCAGAUACUUUUACUUAAAAAAGUCCCUUGUCUCGGGAUAUUUUGUCACAUGACAUUGGUUUCUAAAAGAAGCAGUGAAUUGGGAACUUUUAUAUCAGUGCAAUUCAAAUAUCAGAGAAUUUCAUCAUAAAUGGACAACUUUGCCAUGUCACGUGACUUGAUGUGAACUGUGUUGAUGUACAAAAAUAUCGGUGCAAGUCACAGUAAUUUAUUGAUAAAUCUGAUGACAAAUCAAAAAACGUUUCUGUAUGUUAUACGGUGUGAUUUACGUGUUUAUACUUUACUCAGUAAUUCUUUAUAACUUUUUUUUGUAAUAUUGUCAGAU